AUGGCUAAACUGAUUCUCAUUGUGAGCAUUAAGACUACUCCUGUUCUCUUCCAGGAAAGAACAAGAUUUGAGAAUUUAGGCCCACAGUUAACAGGGAAACCCAACGAAGAUGGAAAACUGGGCCCUGGUGUCAUUGAUCUUACAAGGCCAGAAGAUGCAGAAGGAAGUAAAGCAAUGAAUGGCUCUGCAGCUAAACUACAGCAGUAUUAUUGUUGGCCAACAGGAGGUGCCACUGUGGCUGAAGCUCGAGUCUACCGGGAUUCACGAGGUCGAGCCAGUAGUGAACCGCACAUCAAACGACCAAUGAAUGCUUUCAUGGUUUGGGCAAAGGAUGAGCGUCGAAAAAUUCUCCAAGCUUUCCCUGACAUGCACAACUCCAACAUUAGCAAAAUCCUAGGAUCUCGCUGGAAGUCUAUGUCAAAUCAAGAAAAACAACCUUAUUAUGAAGAGCAGGCACGGCUAAGUAAAAUCCACCUAGAAAAGUAUCCUAAUUACAAAUACAAACCUCGACCAAAACGUACCUGCAUUGUAGAUGGAAAGAAAUUGCGUAUUGGUGAAUACAAACAACUGAUGAGGUCUCGAAGACAGGAGAUGAGGCAGUUUUUUACUGUAGGGUGAGUACUCUUGUAAUUGUUUGCAGUGCAUCGCAACGAGCAUUCUCUUUGACAACAAAUUUACUUAUCUGUUUAAGCCACUU